AUGUCCGAUGUUUAUGCUCAAAAUUUGAGCCGCGAUGAGGCCGAAGCCAUUAGACUGGAUGGACAAUUUGAUCUUUUGACCGAAAAUAUUGGAUAUCUCCUUCACCCUGAGGUGCUUGAGUCAUUGUCCGCUAAAUCAUCUCUGAAGGUAGCCGAUCUUGCUACAGGGACAGCUCGCUUCCUCUUGCGAUUAGUGGAAAGCAAUAGUUUCCCUGAAAAUGCCAUCCUCCACGGUACCGAUAUCUCCCCAGCUCUCUUUCCAGCACCAGCCGCAAUGCCGCCAAACAUUGACCUCGGUAUUUUCGAUAUCCGGGAGCCUGUGCCUACCCAUCUGGAAGGUAGUUACGACCUUGUGCAUGUGCGGCAAGUCGCCGCCGGCCUUCACGCAUCAGAGUGGAUGCCUGUAAUGGUCAAUUUGACUAAACUUUUGAAGCCUGGCGGAGCGUUACAAUGGGAGGAAUGCAAUUUCGCAAACGUUAUCCAUCUGCGUGGCGCCAGCAGUGCUUGCACCAUAAAUGGAGCCCGCAAGCUUGGUACGAUGUUUAGAUCCGGGCUUUGGGAGCAUUUUCAACACGGCUGGAACCGCCUCGAGCAAGGCAUGGUCGAAGCUGGACUGCAAAAUGUCGGCUCAGAGUUUGUUAGCUCAGAUCGAAUCCCAGAGACAAGGGGCGCUCUAACCCAAAAUGGCAUACAGGUUAUUCUACGCUGGGCAAAUGCUAAAGCUCAAGCUGGGAAUUUACAAGAUGCCAAUGGAAAGAAAGUGUCUGUGUCUGAGGUGCAAGCUCUGGGGAAGCAGGCUAUAAAGGAUAUUGACUCUGGGUGCUAUGUUCGAUUCGAUAUUCAUGUUGGUUGGGGAUUCAAACCCAAUGAGUGA